AUGUUACCUAGGCAAGUAGCGGAUCGUUUGAAAAUGGGACAGACAGUCGAACCAGAAAGUUUUGAAAGCGUCACGGUGUUCUUCUCCGAUGUUGUCAAGUUCACUCAGUUAGCUGCAAAAUGUACAGCUUUUCAAAUUGUAAAUCUACUCAACGAUCUGUACAAUGGAUUCGACACGAUCAUAGAAGAGCAUUCCGUAUACAAGGUAAUUGUUAUCGUUGAGUAA